AUGACGACAGCUCAAAAGAUCAAAGAUGUGGAGGAGGAGAUGGCGAAGACGCAGAAAAACAAAGCUACCGAAUAUCACCUGGGACAGUUGAAGGGUGAAGAGUUGAUUGCACCGUCCGGCGGAGGUGGUGGCGGCCCAGGUCUCGGAUUCGAUGUUGCUAGGACGGGUAUAGCAAGUGUAGGCUUUGUGGGAUUCCCUAGUGUGGGCAAAUCCACUUUGAUGUCAAAGUUAACCGGAACUCACUCCGAGGCGGCGUCAUAUGAAUUCACGACUCUUACCACUGUACCGGGAACAAUGACUCACAACGGAGCUCGAAUACAAGUCUUGGAUCUUCCCGGUAUCAUCGAAGGAGCCAAAGAUGGCAAAGGUCGAGGUCGUCAAGUAAUUGCAGUCGCAAGAACCUGUAACCUUAUCUUCAUUAUCCUGGAUGUGUUGAAACCUCUGAACGAUCUAGCUAUUCUCACAAACGAAUUGGAAGGUUUUGGGAUCCGGCUGAAUAAGAAGCCUCCUGCGAUCACGGUUGCGAUCACCAACACCGUUCCAUUGACUAAAAUCGAUGCCCAAGAAAUCAAAGCCGUGCUGUCCGAGUACAAGAUGAGCAAUGCGGCGGUGUCAAUCCAUCAACCCGAUGCAACCAUCGAAGACUUCAUCGAUGUCGUUGAAGGCAAUCGUAUCGAGGAACUCGAUCUUCUUUAUAAGAUUCCCGACUCUGUACCCAUUUCCUCUCAACUUUGGCUGAACAUUGAUGAGCUCCUUGUGGUCAUGUGGGAAAAACUAAACCUAGUCCGAGUAUACACAAAGCCUCGUGGACAACAACCAGAUUACUCAUCGCCUGUCGUCUUGCGACGUGGUCGAUGUACUGUCGAAGAUUUUUGUAACGCCAUUCACAAGGAAAUCGUCAAACAGUUCCGAACGGCCAUGGUGUGGGGUACCUCAGCGAAGCACUCUCGUGGGCAAAAAGUGGGAUUAGAGCACGUGCUUGAAGACGAAGAUAUCAUAUGUAUAUUCAAGAAAUAG